GCAGAGAUGAUUGGAGGAGCAGCCCCGGUGGUGGUUUGAGUCGACUCAAAAGAGGAGCAGCCCCGGUGGUGGUUUUGAGUCGACUCAAAAGAGGAGCAGCCCCGGUGGUGGUGGUGCAAGCAGCCAUCCACCAGCUCCCCACUUGCCUUUCCGCUCCUUCUCUUCCCCCUCCUCCUCUUCGGCCCCCGUUUCUCCCCCCUCCCUGCUUCCCCCGGGCCCGUUCUUCCCCCUUCCCCCCCUCCCUGCUUCCCCCAGGUUGCCCUCAGUAA